AUUCAAUUAUAUUAAUAUUAGAUUUUCUCAACUUAAAUGUGAUUUUAUUUUUUCGAUUUGCAUGUGAAAUGACAUUUGAUUCCCACACCCCCAUAAUUGGUUUUCCCAGCUGCAAAAUGCAGAGUAUGAUAGUAUUUUGCAAUCGGUAGUAGUAGCUAACUAGCUAUCAACUAUAGUGCCAAUACUAGCAUAAAGUAGACAAUACAAACAAGUGGUGAGAAGCUUAUUGUUUAUACCUACUUGUCAAUUAAAUAUUACUUAAAUUUCAUUACAUAUACCUUCCAUUGUUACAUACUUGCAUUACAUUGAUGUAUCAGCUACUGGUUGUUCUGCCUCAUACAUCUAUUAUCUAUACAAUCCAACCACCACCCACUUCCCUUCAAGGCUAUUUGUGUCUCCAGAACCAGUUCAAAUCUCAUGUUAAUUCUUGUCUUCAUUUCUAUUAUCACCAUCUCUGACCAAAAUCUCUCCAUAUUCAACUUUUAAACAAAAAAUGUAACCGUUGAAAGGAUUUCAUUGAUGUCACACGUGUUUAGGGUAUACCAACAACAUACCCCACUUGACUUUGGGCUAAUAAAAAUAUUCACACGUUUGCUCCUUUUCUCUCUCUCUCUCUCUACCUGGUUUUAGUCCUGCUUUUUUUUGUGUUACCUAGCGUGGUGGAUCACCCUUUGCUUUUCAUUUAAAAUUCAAAUUCCAACGUUUCACUUUUACACAAAUAGCUAGUGCUCAAAAGGGUUUGGAUCUAUUUGAGGUUUUUCGAGCCCUCAAUUAUGGGAGAACCGACUUGUCUUAUGCAACCAUUCUCUUAUGCUGCUGGCAUUCCACAUGAAGCCAAUGAGGGGAACCCAAUUCACUCUCUGGGGCAGUCAAUCUCUUUUGGGAGAUACAUGUCAGAGUCAUUGGCUUGGGAGAAAUGGUCAACCUUUUCUCACAACCGGUAUGUUGAAGAGGCUGAGAGAUACUCACGCCCGGGAUCGGUUGCCCAGAAGAAAGCUUUUUUUGAAGCUCAUUACAAGAACCUUGCAGCAAGAAAGGCAGCGGCAGCCCUGAUGGAGCAAGAAAAUGCUGCAUCAAACAAUGUUCCCCAACAAGAACCUGAAGUAGAAGGCAAUGACAUUACCACCAACGAUUCUCCCAUGACGACAAGUCUAAAUUCUCAAGUAGCUGUUGAUGAAAAACAAGAAGUGAAAUUGCUUGACAAACAGGCUACUGUGGAUGUUGAUGGUUGCAAUUUGAAUGCUGAGGUUGAUAAAAUGGAGAGCAGGACAUCGGAGGGAACUGAUCCUGUGGAGAAUGAUGCCAAGAAUGAAUCACUAGACCAGCUUGGUGUUGCUGAUAACAAUGAAGACAUUAAAGAAAUGAACCAUUGUGAAAUGAAACAAAUGGAGAAGCCUCUAUUAAAGAACUUCAAAAAUAGCCAGAAUGAUCUGUUGUCAGCUUCUGAUAGAAAACCAACAGUUUCUUCCUCAAAGUCAUCAAAUUAUAGUAAGGCAUCCAGGGCCUCAUCCUCUCCUGCCAAGUCUAACAUUGCUACUCCAAUUAGCAAGAAGUCAGCAAUAGACAAUACAGAUAAAAAGAGAUUCACUCCUAAAUCAACUCACAAGUCCAUCAGUUUCACGACUGUCCAAGAAGUUAAUAAGUUCACAUCAACGAUUAUCCAAAAGAUAGAUGGUUCUAAAAUUAGCUCUUACUCUAAACCAUCUAAAGAUUGCUCAACUCCUCUGAAGACUCCAACGAAGGCACCUAUAAGAAGGGAAUCAAAGCAUCCUUUAGCCACAUCUCAUUCAGAAAACAGGAGUGAAUACUGCAGGGCAAGAGAAAAUCUUGAUUCCUUGGCCUCGGGAAGAAAAGCAGUUCGCUCAAAGUGGAACUUCCUCCCUACAGACUGUUCAAAGUUUCUGAGUUCGUCCAAAAACAAAUCGCUGUCGCCAAGUUUCUCCACACCUUUCAAUUUGAGGACUGAAGAAAGAGCUGCAACAAGAAAGAAGAAGCUUGAAGCAAAAUUCAAUGCAAGUCAGGCACAAAGAGUGCAGCAGCAAACAACACUGAAGGAGAAAGCAGAAACAGAACUUAGGAGACUGCGUCAAAGCCUUUGCUUUAAGGAUGGGCCACUACUGGACUUCUAUAAGGACAGAGGAACAUCAAAGAAUCAGAUGAAAAAGGUUCUGCUGGCACGUCCUGAGUCACCAAAACUAGGAAAACAAUUCACUCUCAGCAGAGUACAUGGCAACACCUGUGAACUUCUUCAGAAGCCCUCAAUCAAAAGCAAAUGCCCCAAGUUUGAGAAUAAUCAAACCAGAACUCGUUCUGUGACUUCAUGACCCAUAGUGUUCUGUCAUAAGAAUACACAUCCAAAUAUUCAGCAAAAGUGCCCUAUGUAGCUGAGUCAUGGAUGCCUACCACGAAAUUCAGAACUGCAUCAUGCAGAAUCAGGCUAAUGACUAGCGGAAUUUCAUUACUGUAUAUAUUGGGCAUGAGAUAAAUAAAAAAAAUGUACUUUUAAGACUUCAUAGCGGCCAUCAUUGUAUGAGCAUGAAAGGAAGCUAUGAUCUGUAACCAACAGUUGUUCAGGUCUUGCUACUUGACAGCAUUAUAUACAAUCACUUGGUUUGUUA